CAUUAUCGCGCUUUGAAAAUAAACUGUAGAUUACCAGAUUUUCUUGAAACUUACACAUAAAUUGGAACCAGAAUCUCGUAAAUUGACAUUACGGAGGAAUAUCUAACAGUGCUAAAGACGUUGGUGUGUAUUUGUAAUUUGCGUUUGAGGUCAUAUUUCAUUUAGCUAAUUAGCAUAUUGCUAGCUAGCUGGGCAGGAAGAAAGAACAGGCUGCAUUUCUGUCACCAUCCUGACAUCAUUCUGCACCUUUUAAUUAGGUUUAAUUAAAUUGCUUCACUCGCGGUAGCAAUAACACUUAAUAUUUAGAAUUUGACGUUUAUAAUUGUCACCCUGACGACCGUUCAGAAAGACCCAAGCACAGGAGGAGAGAUGGCGAGCUCCGUGGGAAACGUGGCCGACAGCACAGGGUUGGCUGAGCUGGCCCACCGCGAGUACCAGUCUGGAGAUUUUGAGGCAGCGGAGCGGCACUGUAUGCAGCUGUGGCGGCAGGAACCAGACAAUACCGGCGUACUUCUGCUGCUCUCUUCCAUCCACUUCCAGUGCCGUAGGCUUGACAGGUCAGCCCACUUCAGCACUUUAGCCAUCAAGCAGAACCCCAUGCUGGCCGAGGCCUACUCCAACCUGGGCAACGUGUUCAAGGAGCGCGGACAGCUGCAGGAAGCUAUAGAUCACUAUCGCCACGCACUCCGGCUUAAGCCCGACUUCAUCGACGGCUACAUCAACCUGGCGGCUGCGCUGGUGGCAGCAGGGGACAUGGAGGGAGCGGUGCAGGCUUACGUUUCUGCUCUCCAGUACAACCCGGAUCUGUAUUGUGUUCGAAGUGACUUGGGCAACCUUCUCAAAGCUCUCGGGCGUCUGGAAGAGGCAAAGGCCUGCUACCUGAAGGCAAUCGAGACGCAGCCAAACUUCGCCGUGGCGUGGAGCAACCUGGGCUGUGUGUUUAACGCCCAGGGAGAGAUUUGGUUGGCCAUUCAUCAUUUUGAGAAGGCUGUGACUCUGGAUCCCAACUUUUUGGAUGCUUACAUCAAUUUGGGCAAUGUGCUUAAAGAAGCUCGCAUUUUCGACAGAGCUGUUGCUGGAUAUUUGCGAGCCCUUAGCCUGAGCCCCAACCACGCCGUGGUCCACGGCAACUUGGCCUGUGUCUAUUACGAGCAGGGUCUGAUCGAUCUGGCCAUCGACACCUAUCGGCGUGCCAUCGAGCUGCAGCCACACUUCCCCGAUGCUUACUGCAAUCUUGCCAACGCGCUGAAGGAAAAGGGCAAUGUGUCUGAGGCUGAGGAGUGCUAUAACACAGCUCUGCGCCUUUGCCCGACGCAUGCCGACUCGCUCAAUAACCUGGCCAACAUCAAACGCGAGCAGGGCAACAUCGAGGACGCUGUGCAGCUCUACAGGAAAGCUCUGGAGGUUUUCCCAGAGUUUGCUGCAGCCCACUCCAACCUUGCCAGUGUCCUACAGCAGCAGGGCAAACUACAGGAAGCCCUCAUGCACUACAAAGAAGCAAUCAGGAUCAGCCCCACCUUUGCCGAUGCCUACUCCAACAUGGGCAACACGCUCAAAGAGAUGCAGGACGUCCAGGGAGCGCUGCAGUGCUACACACGUGCCAUUCAGAUCAACCCAGCCUUCGCAGAUGCUCACAGCAACUUGGCCUCCAUACACAAGGACUCUGGGAACAUUCCAGAAGCUAUUGCGUCCUACCGCACUGCCCUGAAACUUAAGCCCGACUUCCCUGAUGCGUACUGCAACCUCGCUCACUGUCUGCAGAUCGUGUGUGACUGGACAGACUACGACGAGCGCAUGAAGAAGCUGGUGAGCAUCGUGGCCGACCAGCUGGAAAAGAACCGUCUGCCAUCGGUGCACCCUCACCACAGCAUGCUGUACCCGCUCUCCCACGGCUUCCGCAAAGCCAUCGCCGAGAGACACGGCAACCUCUGUUUGGACAAGAUUAACGCUCUUCACAAACCUGCUUACGAGCAUCCGAAGGACCUGAAAGCCAGUAACGGACGGCUGCGCGUCGGUUACGUCAGCUCCGACUUCGGCAACCACCCCACCUCUCAUCUCAUGCAGUCUAUCCCAGGCAUGCAUAACUCGGAGAAGUUUGAGGUUUUCUGCUAUGCUCUGAGUUCUGACGACAGCACCAACUUCAGAGUGAAAGUCGUGGCCGAGGCUCAUCACUUCACCGAUCUCUCACAGAUCCCUUGCAACGGCAAAGCCGCAGACAGAAUCCACCAAGACGGGGUCCACAUCCUGGUCAACAUGAACGGCUACACCAAGGGAGCCCGUAACGAGCUGUUCGCCCUGCGCCCAGCCCCCGUCCAGGCGAUGUGGCUCGGCUACCCGGGUACCAGCGGAGCUCCUUUCAUGGAUUACCUCGUUUCUGAUAAGGACACGUCUCCAGUCGAAGUGGCCGACCAGUACUCGGAGAAGCUGGCCUACAUGCCUAACACGUUCUUCAUCGGAGACCAUGCCAACAUGUUCCCUCACCUUAAGAAAAAAGCCGUAAUCGACUUCAAGUCUAACGGGCACAUUUUUGACAAUCGAAUUGUGCUGAACGGCAUCGAUCUCAAGGCUUUUCUGGAUAGUCUGCCUGAUGUAAAAGUUAUCAAGAUGGAGUGUGAUGGCCAGGAGACCACAGACAGCAAUGGAACCCUCUCCAUGCCAGUCAUCCCCAUGAACACAGCAGCCGAGGCCAUCAUUAACAUGAUCAACCAGGGCCAGAUUCAAGUCACCAUCAACGGAUUCACCGUCAGCAACGGCCUAGCUACCACCCAGAUUUUUACAGUCGAGGAGGUUGUAGUAUCUGGGACUGUAGCCUUGCAGAUUAAUAACAAGGCCGCCACAGGAGAGGAAGUUCCCAGAACGAUCGUGGUGACCACCCGCUCUCAGUAUGGUCUACCCGAGGAUUCCAUCGUCUACUGCAACUUCAACCAGCUCUACAAGAUCGACCCGCCGACUCUGCAGAUGUGGGCUAAUAUUUUGAAACGCGUGCCGAACAGUGUGCUGUGGCUGCUGCGGUUUCCAGCUGUGGGCGAGCCCAACAUCCAGCAGUACGCCCAGAACAUGGGCUUGCCCGCCAGCCGCAUCAUCUUCUCCCCCGUCGCACCCAAGGAGGAGCACGUGAGGCGCGGCCAGCUGGCCGACGUCUGCCUGGACACGCCACUCUGCAACGGGCACACCACCGGCAUGGACGUGCUCUGGGCUGGCACCCCUAUGGUCACCAUGCCAGGCGAGACGCUUGCUUCCCGGGUGGCCGCCUCUCAGCUCACCUGCCUGGGAUGCCUAGAGCUCAUCGCACACAGUCGGCAGGACUACGAAGACGUGGCGGUCAAGCUCGGCACAGACAUGGAGUUCUUGAAGAAGAUCCGCUCGCGAGUCUGGAAGCAGCGCAUCUGCAGCCCCCUGUUCAACACCAAGCAGUACACCAUAGACUUGGAAUGCCUCUACCUGCAGAUGUGGGAGCACUAUGCCAACGGAGCCAAACCCGAUCACCUGGUCAAGAUGCUGCUGCGCGAAAGCAGCGAGAGCGCCUGAACCGUCCCCCCGUCCUCUAAACCCCCGGUCCCGUUCUCCUCAGUCAACUACCUAACCAUCACACCUCCUCAGUUAUCUUCAGUGUCAGAGACUCUAUAGAGCCUGCGGUUCAGCACCAUCACUCCCAUCUGACCUCGUAGCCACAGACUCGUGUUCCUCGGCGAAUCCGCUCGCUCGCUCACGCCGGCUGGCUUCCGUUCUGUUCUGUGUGUGGAAGUGUACGUGGGAGCCGCCCCCCUGUCAAAAUCGUGAUCUCAGAUUGUGAGUUUCCUUCCUUCCUAGGUGGUCAGACAGACCGUGUCGUACUUCUGAACUUGUGUUGCUAAAUGAACGAUCGGUUUUGAUGUGCCGACAUGAAUCGUUUUGCCUUUUUAGUUAGCAGAUCUGCGUCUUUAUCUAUUUUAACCUGCUCAUCAUGACGGGUCGAUUCUGACCGAUACUCAGACGAUCACAAGCGCUCGUGCCAGUAAUAAGAAAUCUUGUUUGUUCUGCUUUGUGGUUAAAAAAAAAAGAAAGUUGAAAGAAAUCAGUAGGAAAAACAAAGACCUUCUCGACCCAUUUUUAAAAGGCCUGCAGAUUAUUAUUUUUACCCUAAAGGUUAUAGGUAAGUAUUUUCUUAUCCGUCUUCAUUUUGUACACGGUCUUCCUAGUGACUCUUUUAUUUAUGCUCUGUCAGUGAAGUUGCAAGGCUCUUACGAAAAUGAAAAUAAAGAAAUGUGGCAAACCCUCA